UUCAUCUUCUACUUGGUUUGUUUUUGUUCCUUUCAUCUCGAGGCAGCGCCUCCCCCCUUCACGACAGCUCACCACAGACCAAAGGAUUGAAGACUAACUACCACAGAGCCCAAAAUCACAGUGAAAAUCACAAUGCCGACUCCGACGGCCGAUCCAGAAUUUCUCCUCCCCGACCCUACAGUUCAACAGCGGCGGCUGCAAAAUACGGCUCAAAACCAGGCUGCAGCCUCGAGAUUGCAGGAUACCUCUCGCUCGGCCGGCGAAUCCCGGGGAGAGGACCUGACUUCGGGGAUGACGCUACAGGAGUUCCUUCAGACUACAAUGGAUAAAGAUGGAAAUCCUGUGCCGGACUCUAAUGCUUUCACGGAUGGCGCCAAGAUGCAGAAAGGCAGUCGAGCCCUGGAUGAGGCGGAUCUAGUCGAUGCCGCUUGGAGUGCUUUUGAUUAAGGUGGAGUUUUUGGCAUAUAUUACUGUGAUGGUUUAAAAGCGUGUCAUGAUGAAGCAUUCAAUCUUUGUACAUCAUUGUUAUGAUUCGUUACGCUCAUUAGAAUGAUCGGUUUCAAGUGUUA